AUGUCAAAACAGUUCCAAAACAGAACUGAAAGAACCACAUCGUUCGUGUACUCUACUAGUUUAGGGAAAUCAGGUUUAUACACUCCUGCCGACUACAUUAACAACAAUUUAAGUUCAGAGACAGAGAAUGCCUGUGAUAAUAGUCACACUCAUGCAUGGGAAGAAGAUGAUUUGAACGAGGAUUAUAUGGAUGGCAUUGACACGAAUGUCGAUUCAAUUUCUCACGUAGGGGAUGUCCAACCGUUUUCAGACGAACAAGCUCCUCUGUUAAACAAUGAUACAAUUGAUUCUUCACAAACUUACGAAACUUUAAAACCAAAAAUUCAUACUACAAAGAGUAAUGCUUCAGUCUCUAAACAUAGAAACAGUUUAUUGUUCUCUAAAAAACUAGUGAAUGAAGAGAGAGACCUGUUGAAGGAUAAUAAAUUAUUGAAUGCUUACAAUCAUCCAAAUUAUAAUCCCAGUUUGGAUAACUCUUUCAAUGAAGUUUCAGAUGAAGAAGAAAGAGAAAUCAUAGCAACUUGGGAGUCUGCUAUUCAAUCAGGAAAAAAAAUCACCACAACUUAUAAAAGAGAAGUACAAGUCUUGGCUACAAACGCAUUUCCAUUGAUUUUUACAUUCAUAUUACAAAACUCAUUAUCAGUUGCUUCCAUUUUAUCCGUUUCUCAUUUGGGCACAAAGGAAUUAGGUGGUGUCACUUUAGGUUCAAUGACAGCAAAUAUUACAGGGUUUGCUGCAAUCCAAGGUCUUUGUACAUGUUUGGAUACUCUAUGUUCACAAGCAUACGGGGCUAAAAACUAUCAUCUGGUCGGUGUCCUAUUACAAAGAUGUUGCAUUUUAACUAUCAUAGCUUUCUUACCAAUUAUGUACAUUUGGUGGUUUUGGUCAGAAUCAUUAUUGGAGCUAAUUAUCACAGAGAAAGAAUUAUGCAUUUUAGCUGCUAAUUAUCUAAAAGUUAUCGCAUUCGGUGUACCUGGUUUCAUCUUGUUCGAAUGUGGGAAACGUUUUCUACAAUGCCAAGGAAUUUUUCAUGCAUCUACUAUUGUUCUGGCAUUCUGUGCACCAUUAAAUGCAUUGAUGAAUUAUCUAUUGGUAUGGAACUCCAAAAUAGGGAUCGGUUACUUAGGUGCUCCAGUUUCAGUGGCUAUCAAUUACUGGGCAAUGGCGUUAGGAUUAUAUCUUUACACGGUAAUGACUGAUCAUGAUGUGGUUCCUAUGAAGUGUUGGAAUGGUUUCAUCAAGACUGACCAGGUUUUCAAAAAUUGGAGGAAGAUGUUUAAUUUAGCUUUACCAGGUAUCGUAAUGGUCGAAGCAGAAUUUUUGGGCUUUGAAAUUUUGACCAUUUUUUCAUCAAGAUUAGGCCCUGAAGUUUUAGGUGCACAAUCAAUUGUCUCUACUAUUGCAUCGUUAGCUUAUCAAAUCCCUUUCUCUAUCUCCAUCGCCACUAGCACAAGAGUUGCAAAUUUCAUUGGAGCAUCAUUACACAAGGCAUGUGUAAUAACAUGUGAAGUCUCAUUAUUAUUAUCUUUCGUGUGCUCAACAAUGAAUAUAUUUAUUAUUUUCAAUUUCAAGGUAUUUUUAGCUAAGUUAUUUUCUAAUGAACCGGAAGUUGUAGAGCUGGUCAUCAAGACAUUGCCAUACUUAGCUUUCAUGCAACUAUUCGAUGCAUUCAACGCUUCAACAGCUGGCUGUUUGAGAGGUCAAGGAAGACAAAAGAUUGGUGGUUAUAUAAAUCUUUUUGCAUUUUACUGUGUUGGUAUCCCAUUAUCAUACAUACUUGCAUUUAAGUUUGGCUUCGGAAUUAUUGGCCUAUGGUCUGGUAUCACAUGUGCAUUAUUUACCAUGAGUAUUUUCCAAGGUUAUGCAGUAUUCCAUGUUAACUGGAAAGAUAUAAUUGCUGCAUCCAAAAAUAGAAAUGCCGAACAUGUUUCUGUUUGUGCAUAA